AUGCCGCUAAAGUGGCCACUAGGAAUGUCUGAGGAGCGUUACGGAGGCGAGAAUGAACUAGUUCGACAGAGCGCACUUGUAGGUCUUUUUGCAGCUCUUCCCUGUUUCAAUGGUUUAAUUUAAGCAAUAAAUAACUUUUUUUCUCUAAUGGUAAGAAAAAUUAUGGCUCAAACUAAUGACGAAAAAUUUCAUUUUUUUCUCACUCUGAACUCAAAACAAAUUAUCGUAAAAUCAAAGAAAAAUAUUUUAGAUUGGACACCUCGAUGGCUUCAAAAGUAACAUUACGAAGCGUCUCGGCUGGAAACAAGGUUCUUUUCAUUAUUUUUUCUAUCAAAAAUAAUCAAUUUAAAGGAGAUGAGGACGAAAAUUGGUCGAAAAAGGCAAUCGAUAAUCUGAUGAAGAAGCUUCUGAAGCACAAUAAACAAGCUCUGGCAAAUUUGGAGUUCGCCUUGCAGGUGAAAAUAGUUUCAAUUAAAAAAGGCUCUUCUUGGUGGCAAAAGUGCGCUCUAAUGUACUAGAUCUCCUAUUGGCUAGCCAAGACCCUUUUCAGUAAAUUAGCUGCUUAUAACGGCUUUUUUGGUGUCGCAAGCGCGCUCUAUUGAACUAAAUGCCUCAUUGGCUAGCCACGCCCCUUUUCAAUGAAAUAUUUUUCUGAAGCACAGUUUUGGAACUUCCCAACGUGUCCGUGAACGUGCUAGGAAAUGAUAAUUACCGGUUUUGGCUCUUUUUUUUUGAUAAAACUACUGUUAUUCCAAAACUUCGGUCGAAAAUCUCGAAGAUAAAAAAUCUUGAAAAUGCGGACAGUUUAAAAGUCUGAUCUUAGUCAGCCAAAAUGUUAUUUCAUAACCGAGAAAAUUUAAUUUUCAGUGCCAAGGAAGUCAAAAAACGGACUGUGUGACGAUUCCGCGGUCUUUGGAUGGUCGGUUGCAAAUUUCCCACCGAAAAGUGAGGGUUUUGCAUUCAAAUUUGUAUUUAUUUACUGAAAAACCUAGUUUACGACAGAAAAAAUUGAUAAAUUCAAGCUCCGGAAAAGUUUUUCAAAGUCUUGAAUGCAGAGGAGUCUUCAAAGAGGGUCAAUAGGUCGCAGGUUCGAUCCCCUCACCGGACAAAACAUUUUUGCCAUUUUUUAAACCUGUUUUUUCUUCAUUACAAUAAUUUCUGAUUUAAAGUCAAGCUUUUUCCUAUAAUGAAAAAAAUAGUAAAAUAACCAACUUGGGACGUUCUUUUUUUUAUAAAACUUCAAAAUAAAAUUGACAAAAAACUUUUCAACCUCGAGAGGGGCCGAACUUUCGAGUCAUGUGACCUCAACUUCUACAAUUUUAUUAAAUUUUCGUCUUAUAACGAGAAAUUUCCAUUCAAAAAUUGAUUUUAUCAACUGAAAAACCUAAUCAAACGUUUUUUCAUACUCCGACUUACAGUUCUAAGUCGAGCUUUUCCGUUCAAAAUUGAGAAAAAAUUUCAAAAUUCAAAAAAAAAAAAUGGCAAAAAGUUCUCAACCUCAAGCGGGGCCGAACUUUGGACUAUUCUAACCUCAACUUUCACAGAAUUUCAUCAAAUUUCCAGGCACUUCCACACGUGAUCUACUGCCGGGUUUAUCGUUGGCCCGAUUUACAAUCUCAUCAUGAACUGAAGGCGAUGGAAGAUUGCAGGUUCAACAUAUCGAAAAAUCAUAAAUUUCAAACUUAAAAUUUUUUUUGAAAAUUAGAGAUUAAAAAUAUGUACUGCGAAAUGUACUACCGUUCCUACAGAAAAAAUCCGAAAUGACUAUUUUUUGAUCGAAAAUUUCUUGUAUGAACUUUAAUCUUUACGGAACUUUUUGGAGUUAUUACGACUAUUAUUUGCAACACUCUGAUGAAAUUUCAGCUUGCGGAAAAAUCCCGGUAUCAGAAAAUCACAAAAGCUCCAUAGGAAAAAAUUGUGAACAAAAAUUUUUUUCUUUCUAUUUUUUGAUACUGAAAAUUCCAUUUCCAUCUAUUUCACAUCAUCGUUUUCUAACUGAAACUGAAAAAUACAUGCUCGGUAGCAAUUGAAACAUAAGUGAGUUCUCUACUUUUUUAUGGAGCGAUAUUUAAAAAAAUAACCAAAAAAAAUGUUUCCAAGCCAAAUUAGAAUCAAAAAAUGCGAAAUAUAGCAAGCGCGCCCCAUGGAGACGAGUGCGCGGGUGCGUCGCGUCGCGUUGUUUUUUUUUUUACAUCAGUUGGCUUGCGUGAAGUCGCCUAAACUGUUCCAACGAUUUUUCAUAAAAAUUGUGUUAUUUUCAAAUUGGCAAGAAACAGGAAUCUGUGUCAAAAAAAGUUUUUUUUUUUGACCUCAAAAUGAUCCUCGAUGAUAUCAAAUAAACUCAAUAAUCAUUUUCAAAAGUCGAUAAUUCCCAGGUAUUGUUACGAAUCGGGCCAAAAGGAGAUCUGUAUCAAUCCGUAUCACUACAUUCGAAUUCACUCGGCGGGCGUUUUGCCGCCCGUUUUGGUCCCGAGGUUUGAUUUUUGACAUGGAAUCUAGUCAAAGUGGUAAAAUUCGGGAAAAAAAAAAACUUUUCUGGUUUUUUGGACAUGCUGGAGAGGUCAGCCGGAUAUAAGCAUUAUGACGUCAUCAAUCUCCAAAUCAAUCGACGAAAAAAAAAGAUUUAGCUGAUACCGUCUUGUGCAGAGUCUCAACCAGUAUCGAAAAAUUAUCAAGAUAAUUUACGACUUUAUUGAAACAUUGAAGCCGUCAAAAACAAGGGAUUUCCUCGGUGUCCGCAUUUUAAAAACGUCUUUUUUUUCCUACAGAUGGUCGGAAAGGCCGGAGCCGGACAUUCCUCCAGCCUUGGCACGUCUUCAGGCUUUGGAAGCCAGCGGCUCCAGAAUGCCGCAGAACGUCGAGAUGAACAACAACGUCUUCACGUGGGUGCUUUUGGGUUUUUUCUUCUUGAAAAUAGUGAAAAAUUGUCAAGUUUUUCCAGGGAUUGGGAUUUUCUUGAAAAUUGGCUAGGAUACUCUUUGAUGUACUAGGAGAAUAUUGUGGAAGUCUUAACAUUGAAAAAUUUCCUAGUUUUCGAAAAAUAAUAGCUAAAGGCUCUAAAAAUACCAUUUUUCACGGAUUUUGAUGGUUUUCCUUAACUUUGAGGCGUCGUUUUUUUGAAAAAUGAAAAUUUUAGCAGGUUGAGACUUUCAGGAUAAUUUUCUGGUUCAUCAAAAAGUCUUCUGACUUUUGGAAAAAAGAUCACAAGUUUUAAAAAAUCAUGAUUUUUUUCUCGUUUUUGGCUGACUUCCAGAAAAUUCCAGGAUGCCAGAACAGCAGCCAUUCGAACAAAUGGACACUUCAUCUUCACCUUAUACAAUACCGCCAGGAAUUCCUACAGUACCGGUAUACAUUUAAGUAAAUUCGGUUCUUUAAAAAAAUAUAUAGUCAAGUUUCAUAGGAAAUCUGAGCAAAAACGACCUCCAAAAUUUUUUCUUUCUCAAAUGAAAAAAUUUAAAUUCCAAUUUUUUUUUUCGAAGUUUUUUAAAUUUUAAGCCAUUCCAAAUGAGGCCAAUAACACUAUUUAUUCAAAAAUAUAGGGUUACUAUAAAAAGCUACAAGUAUCGAAGAAAAAUCAGGAAAGUAAAGUCAGUUUUGGGAGAAAGCUCAGUGGCCACUUAAGUGACCUUAAAAACUAAAUGGACAGGACACUAAAACCACCUCUAUAGUAGCCACUAUUUUGCGUCCUAGUGGUCCCUACAAUGGUUUAAAAGUACCAAUUUGGGUUUUGAAGAGGCCACUAAGUUUUAGCCACUUGAGUGGCCACUAAUUUGACUACUAUAGUGGCGAAUAUCACGUAAAAACCCUAAAGUGGCCACUAGAAAAGUUGUCAGCUUUUCAAAUGAACUCAAAAUUGUUUAGUGGCCACUAUAGAGGCUAGCCAAAGACUACUUGGACAGGACACUAAAGUGGCCACUAGACCCAUCUCUACAGUGGCAGUAGUUUUUCUUCCAGUAUUCCUUUCAGUAACUGGUCAUUUUAAAACAAACAUAUUGGACCAGUUAUGUUGAUCCAUUGACCCUUAAAGUAGCCACUAAAAUUUUUAGUGGUCUGGUAGUAGCACUUAGACCUCUAUAGUGGUCAAUAAAUUGACUACUACAGUGGCCAUUAAAACGUCAAAACCCUAUAGUGGCCACUAAUAGUUUUCCCAGAAGGAAUACAUCAAUUUCCAGGUACAUUAUAUGGACGAGGAGCACUGGGCCACCAUCAGCUAUUAUGAACUGAAUACACGGGUUGGAGAGCAGAUUAAGGUGAAUCUUAACAUUUAAGUUUUUUUAAAUAAAAUGAAAAAAUUCAAAAAAAGAGGAAUUUCUCGCAAUGAUCUAUAGAUGUGUUAGGAAUGAUGGUCGAAAAAAAUUAAAAAAACAACAAAAAAAUAAUUAUAUUGAUACUCAUUGUGAAACAUUAAACUGUGGUGUUAGCUGUUACUGACAGCUGCUGAAAAUUAGAGAUCAUGUGAAAUUCAGAGAGACCCAGACAGUUAUGGUGUCUAAUUGACCUCCUCAAUUUCUGAAUUAUUUCUCUUAAAGACCAAAAAAAUAUCAAUAUUUACCUUUUUCGGUGUGACUCGGGACUCAGAAUACUUUUUCAAAAAGCUUUGAAACAGAGAAAAAAAGAUAUUUAAAAAAAGUUUUUCUUUUUUUCUAGUUUCCCAGAUCUAUAGAUUUGUUCGUAGAAACUCGGGCAAAGUCGGAAUGGUGGAAAAUGGCAGCUAAAAGGGAAGGGCUCAAAAAAAGCCGCAAAAAAAGGCUCAAAAAAGGCAGCAGAGAGGCAACAUCGGUAAAGGGACUCCCUUCAUCGAGCCUUCAAUUUUUCUGAGAUUCCAAAGGCUCAAGAAAUGGUAGAGAAAGGGGGAAACAGCAAAAUUGGUGCAUAGAGGCUGAGAAAAUGGAGCAAAAAGGCAGCAAAAAGGGAGCCUUUUUCACAAUUUCUAUGGAAUUUUCUAGCAGCCUCGGAGGGUCCUUCCGACUUUGCCUGUGUAAAAACGGUGGAUUGAAAACUUUGAAAAACAAUUCUUUUUCAUAUUUGUUAGGAAACAUUAAACUCUUUUUAUUGGCAUGCUGGAAAAGUCGGUCGGUCGGUCGAUUUGGAAAACUAGGCCACGCCGUAAAUUUGCUCCAUGGAAAAUCGAAAUUCAGACUUUUUUUCUUUUUCUAUAUUUUUCUUUCAUUUUAUCAGUUUUCUAGGAUAUGGGAACACAUGCUCCUCUCUUCAAAAUAAGCUGUUCCUUGUUUAUAAUUGUCUCCCUAGGUUAUGCUUUACUUUUUGUUGGAGGAAUUUUGUUUCUUGCCUUUUUUUGUGUGUAUUUCACACAUUAUCUUAUUUUCAGAUCACUUAUGAUUUUUAAUUGCGCUCAUUUGUUUAUAAGAAGUUAUUUUGGAUACAAAAAAAUUAAUAAGAACUUUCAAAAAAAUUGAAUCAUUUUAUAAUUUUUGAAUGUAGUAGCCAUCGUAUUUUACUCGCAAGAACGAUAGAAUUGAAUGGAAAAAAGCGAAAACCUUUUUGAUAAAAUUAAAAAAAAAAAGAAAAAAAAUUCAGUGAAGAAAAAGAUUGAAGUUCAAAGUGUUCCAUGGAGAAAAAUUGCGGCGUGGCCUAGUUUUCCAAACCGACCGACCGACUUUUCCAGAAUGCCUUAUUUUUCAUAUUUAUAAGGAAAAAUCGAACUCUUUUUUUAUUUGCUUAUUCUUUCAAACUAAGAAAAGAAAUGAUCAAAGCCGGAAUAUGAACAUUACUCUUAAAGAUUUCUUAAAACAGUAAAGAGUCAUAAAAAUGUCCCAGGUCUCGGCGCCGACAAUCACGAUAGACGGGUACACGGAUCCGACGAGUAAUGGUAGCAAAAUCAGUCUGGGACUCUUUUCUAACGUAAAUCGCAACGCUACGAUCGAGAAUACCAGGAGACACAUUGGGAAUGGUGAGAAAUUCGGGAGAAAUUGGUGAAAAAACUGAAAAAAGUGUUUUUCUGAGAUCCUUUCAAUAGAAGCCCAGCGAAAAGCUUCAAUUAGGAUUAACGCCUAAUAAACUAUAUUAAUAACUUCAAAAAUGGGAUGCGAAAAAAAAAGCCGUGCAGAUGGUAGCACUUGUGCUCCAUCAAUAAGAAACUUUUUUUUUGUAAAAAGCAAAAAUUUCGGAAUCCGCUUGUAAAAGUCUCCUUAUUUUUAGCGUUUUGGGGAGAAAAUUACAAAUUUUUAAGCGUGUAGUACGAAAAUACUUUGGAAAAUUUAACUUUAUGUUCUGAAAAAGUAGUUGCUAAACAUAAAUGCUGUACACUACUCAUGGGAGCUUUUUUGAGUCUUCGAAACUGUAAACUCAUCAAAAUCCUUCAAUAUUUUCCCAUUUUUCCGAUUUCAAUAUUUCUAGUCUUUUUUUGAGCAGAAAAUGCUAAUUUUCAAGCGUAAAAUUCGUUUUGAAGCCAUUAUAGCAUGAAGAGGGCUUCUUUUUCGAUUCAAAAACACACUUUGAAAUGGCAAACUCAUCGAAAACUCUGCAGAUCUCCUCAUCGUCGAAUUUAACGCUUAAAAAAAUACGGAAGCUUCCAUUUUUUUAAAAAUUGAAAUAAAAUACUCUCAUUGUUUUUUUGUUUUAGUACGAAGAAAGGCUUUUUUUAUGAUUCAAAAAAAUCUCUCUGAAACUGUAAAAUCAUCGAAAUUCUUCAAUAUUUCUCCCAUUUUUUUCGCUAUGUGAAAAAUCUUCUGCUUUCUAGACUUUUUGAGCAGAAAAUGCGAAUUUUCAAAAAUAAAAUGCCUUUUGAAGAGUUCAUAGUACGGAAAAGGAUUCUUUUGAUUUAAGAAAUCUCUCUGAAACUGUAAAAUCACCAAAAUCCUUCGAGAUUUCCUUAAUUUCCAGGCGUCAAAUUAACCUACGUCCGUCACCAAGGCACACUUUUCGCCGAAUGUGAAAGCGAUUCGGCGGUUUUCGUCCAGUCCCGCAAUUGCAACUACGUUCACAACUUCCAUCCGACCACCGUCGUCCGAAUCGCUAACAAGUGCUCUUUGAAGAUUUUCGACACUGGCCGGUUCAGAGAGGUUCGUUUCAUUGGAUUUGGUUCGGAAAAAUGAGUUCUGGGAAAAUUUUUAGUGGCCACUGUAGUGGUCAAAUUAGUGGCCACUAAAGGGAGUUAAAACUUAGUGGCCACUAUAGAGGUCUAAGUGCUACUACUAGACUACUAAAAAUGUAGUGGCCACUUAAGGGGUCAAUGGAUCAACAUAACUGGUCCAAUAUGUUUGUUUUAAAAUGAUCAGACUGGAAGGAAUACUGGAUGAAAAACUACUGAAGGGGCCACUAAAUAGAGAAACUCUAUAGUGGCCACUAAAACGGAAGAUAGUGGCCACUAUAGAGGUGGGUUUAGGGGCCACUUUAGUGUCCUCUCCAAGUAGUCCUUGACGGGCCUCUUUAGUAGCCACUAAAAAUUUUCCCAGUGGAAAAACCCCUAAAGGGCUCACUUGAUUUAAAUUCGAAAAGAUCCUUGAAAACCAUUAAAAACCAAUGAAAUAUUUUUUUUCAUAAAAUUUGAUAUUCAAAAAGUGAUAAAUUAAAAAAAAACCAAUAUUAAGGUUCAAUAGAAAUAAUAAAGUUAUUUUUCAAAUCUAAUAUAAAGUCUAGUUGAUCUAACCUGUCUGUGCUCUCUUCUCUCUCACCGAAAGCUCAGAGGAAAGUGAAAAUAGCACUGGAAGAUAAGAGAGUUCAGGGAAAUCAAUUUUUUCAUGUUCAGGCCCAAAAAUCUAUUUUUUUUUCCGAAAUAGCACAGGAAAAUGAGAGGGUUCAGAGAAACCAAAUCUAGUUUUCGUUAGAAAAUUCGAAAUUCCAGCUACUGGAAGAAAGUUCUCGACGAGGAUUCGAUUCUUCCUUUGAACUGACCAAAAUGUCGUUCAUCCGGAUGUCGUUCGUCAAAGGCUGGGGCGCCGAAUAUCAGCGACAGGUACGGGAAUUCCGAAUCCGAUUGCGAAAACUAGGCCGUCUGGAAGAAGGCCACGUUUCGUAUAAUAACUUUUUUUUGAUCUUUCAAAAAAUUCCUGAUUUUUGGCCCUUUCCAGGACGUCACCUCGACGCCAUGUUGGAUCGAAAUCCAUCUUCACGCCCCUUUAGUGGUAACUUGA